CAUCUACCCUAUUGUAAUUCGUAGACAAUAUUGAACAAAGUAUAAAUUACCGAGAGAUUAUGAACCUUCAACCGAAGCCGAAGGUGGUGGCGAUUGCCGAUUAAUCGGCUUUGGCUUCGGCUAAAAAUAGAACUUCGGUUUAGUAGGUUUAGUAGGUAUAACCGACACUUCCUUAUGAUCUGUGCUUAUUAUAGGUACUCCUUGCUUCCCAUAAAUUUACUAUACUCGUUGCUCCUUGCACAAAACCAAAGAGUAUAAUUAUUAUUUAUAGUGGGGAACACAAAACAUUGAAACAUACUUAGACCGGUAAUGACAGAUAAUAUUGUUUCGAUUUCAAUAUAAUUUCGAUAUAAUUAUGUAAAAUAAAUUUUGUUAAACGUAACGGAAAAACGCGUAAAUCCUGUUUGAAAUGUUUAUUUUCUCAAAUUUGUAUGAGUAUAUUUGGGGCACAGCCCAAGGAAAAGACAAACCUCAAGAUUUAAUUCUACAAAUCACUGGAUCAUUUGGCAAAUAUCAAUUAUGGCUUUUUGUGCUAUUAUGUUUAACAAAGAUCACCAUCGCAUUUCAUCAACUUGCCAUUAUAUUUCUUGCUCCUCCAACUCAAUUUUUUUGCGUAUCUACUCAAACCCUGAAUGGUUGCCCUUGCGAUGACCCAAUAUAUGAUACAAGGAUAUUUCCUAGAACAAUAAUCACGGAAUUCAAUUUAAUCUGUAAAAAGAAAUGGUUAACCAGUUUCUCUCAGUUAGCUUUUCAAGCAGGCACGCUAGUUGGAAGUAUGUUUUUUGGAAUGGUUGCCGACAAAUUCGGUAGAAGGAUGCCCUUAAUAGGGGCUUGUAUUCUCCAAUUUGUUUGUGCAUUUGGUUCAGCCUUUUUACCAACUUUUGAACUGUUUACUUUAUUUAGAUUUGGGAUCGGUAUAUCAGUAGGCGGAACAAUGGUUAUUAGUUUUGUAAUCUUAAUGGAAUUCAUUGGUCCAGCACAUAGAGAGAUUCUCUCUGCUUUGUAUCAAGCACCUUUCAACGUGGGUUGCAUAGUACUGCCAUGGGUUGCGUAUUACUACAGAGAUUUUAAAAAUUUACAAAUAGCCCUAUCGACACCGACUCUCCUUUGUCUUAUCUAUUUCUAUUCUUUACCGGAGACACCGAGGUGGUUAAUAGCAAAACACAAAACUGAAAGAGCUAUUAUAAUAUUACAACAUGUUGCUAAAGUAAAUGGACGCCCUGUCGAAAAUGUGCGAGCAAUGGUUGAAGUUCAUCAAUUAGCUGCAUCGAGACAAAAAGUAAACCAAGGCACCACAGCUGAUUUAUUUCGAACGCCAAAUCUUCGAAAACGCAUUCUGGCUAUGGCAUUUAAUUGGUUGACAUGCUCGUACUGUUUUUAUGGGGUAUCGCAAUAUGUUGGCCAACUAAGUGGUGAUAUUUUUAUUAAUGUAACUUCCAGUUCUGCGGUUGUAUUGUGUGGUACUUUACUGUCUAUACCUAUGAUGAAAAUGAUGGGUAGGAAGACCAUAUUAUUAACUUGUCAUUUCAUUUGUUCAACGUGCUUAUUUAUUUUGGCAUUUGCGGAAGGUGUUCUGUCUGUAUUUUGUGCUACUGUCGGAGUCGUAACUAGCUUCAUCGUGUUUGUGGUUGUUUAUUUGAUGUGUGGAGAGUUAUUCCCCACUGUAGUUCGAAACUGUGCAGUCGGUUUGUCAUCUAUGUCGGCUAGGAUCGGUUCCAUGGUAGCUCCUUUUGUACUAGAUUUAAAAGACAUCCAUCCCUCACUGACUGCAAUCACAUUCGCAGUGAUCCCAUUGAUAGCCUUUUUUGUAACGCUACUUUUACCCGAAACUAAAGGGUGUGAACUCACGGCUACUUUAGAGGAAGGUGAAAAAGCGUUUACAACAUCAACAAAAAAAUAAGCAGAUGCAGUAAAGAUUUUCUUAGACAGCUAACAAUAAAUCUAGUGCCGAUUUGAUAAAACUGUCUUUCCCUAUUGUGGGGCUUUACAAGUUGCCAAUUUCUAACAUCAACAGCCUAUAAGU